GGAAGCGGAGAGAGGGAGGGAGCGAGCCGGGGAGGGAGGGCGCCGCCGCUACCCCUCCCCGCCGCCCCGCGCACGCACACACACACACACACACACCCCGCACACGCACCGCCCGAGGAUGCCCUUUGCCCGGGGGGGCGAAGCCGGGACACCAUCGCGCCGCCGGGAGUGAAGCCACCACCGCCGCCGUCGCCGCCGUCGGGGCCUCCCGGCCCGCAGCGUGCGGCCGGAGCGGGGACGCCGGCGCUUUCCCUCCGCCCCAGGACGCGCACCGGGAGGAGGAGGAGGAGGGCGCCGUCUCCGCAGCAGCAGCAGCAGCCGCCGCCGCAGCCAUGGGAAGGAUUUGACAGGGCUCGGAGCGCUUUCGCCGGUGUGUCGGGGCGCGCGUCCCGCCCGCCGCCCCUUGGCGCAGCGGAGGAGAAGGGGGCGACGAUGAAGACUUUAGUUUUUUUGAAUCACUGAAAAGCCUUAAAAGGAGACUCGGAUGACUGUUUUCUUCUCUUAAAAGUCAUGCAUACACAGAUAUCCACACUGUAUGUGUGUGUCUGAAACUCCAAGGGUUUAGUUCCAAACUGGGAACACCGAGGUGGGCUGGCAAUUAAGGACCGCCGCAGUUUGAGACUUGUUAAAAAUACUGUUGACUUCUUUUUAAACGACAAAACCCUGAAAAGUUUUUUUUGUUGUUGUUUUUCUGACAAAGUAAUAAUAAUCAUUAAAAAAGAAACCCCAAUGCAAACUGAAACAACCAUGUCUGGAGAAGUGCGUUUGAAGCAGUUGGAGCAGUUUAUUUUGGAUGGGCCAACGCAGACUAAUGGGCAAUGCUUCAGUGUGGAAACCUUGCUGGAUAUACUCAUCUGCCUUUAUGAUGAAUGUAAUAAUUCCCCUCUGAGAAGAGAGAAGAACAUCCUUGAGUAUCUGGAGUGGGCCAAACCUUUUACAUCUAAAGUGAAACAGAUGCGACUACAUAAAGAAGAUUUUGAGAUUCUGAAGGUGAUUGGUCGAGGAGCCUUUGGGGAGGUUGCAGUAGUAAAACUGAAAAAUGCAGAUAAGGUUUUUGCCAUGAAGAUACUUAAUAAGUGGGAGAUGCUGAAGAGAGCUGAAACAGCCUGUUUUCGAGAAGAGAGAGACGUGUUAGUGAAUGGAGAUAACCAGUGGAUCACAACAUUACAUUAUGCAUUCCAGGAUGAAAACUAUUUAUACCUGGUUAUGGAUUACUAUGUUGGAGGAGACCUGCUUACGUUGCUCAGCAAGUUUGAGGACAGACUCCCUGAAGAUAUGGCUCGUUUUUAUUUGGCUGAAAUGGUGAUAGCCAUCGAUUCAGUUCAUCAGUUGCAUUAUGUUCACAGGGAUAUAAAACCAGACAACAUCUUGAUGGAUAUGAAUGGACAUAUUCGAUUAGCAGAUUUUGGUUCUUGUCUGAAGCUGAUGGAAGAUGGAACGGUCCAAUCCUCAGUGGCAGUUGGAACACCAGACUACAUCUCUCCAGAAAUCUUGCAGGCCAUGGAAGAUGGAAAAGGGAAGUAUGGGCCCGAGUGUGACUGGUGGUCCCUGGGCGUUUGCAUGUAUGAAAUGCUUUAUGGAGAAACGCCCUUUUAUGCUGAGUCCUUGGUGGAGACCUAUGGGAAAAUAAUGAACCACAAAGAGAGGUUUCAGUUUCCUGCUCAAGUGACAGAUGUCUCUGAAAGUGCAAAGGACCUCAUCCGAAGGCUCAUUUGUAGCAGGGAGCAUCGACUUGGACAAAAUGGAAUAGAAGACUUUAAGAACCAUCCAUUUUUUGCUGGGAUUGAUUGGGACAACAUUAGGAACUGUGAGGCACCUUACAUCCCAGAAGUCAGCAGCCCUACUGAUACAUCAAACUUUGAUGUGGAUGAUGAUUGCUUAAAAAACUCUGAAACAAUGCCUCCACCAUCCCACACUGCAUUUUCUGGCCAUCAUUUACCAUUUGUGGGUUUCACAUAUACAAGUAGCUGUGUACUUUCAGACCGCAGCUGUCUAAGACUGACAGCUGGACCACCCUCCAUGGAUCUUGAUGCCAGCAUUCAAAGAACUUUGGAGGAUAGUUUAGCAACAGAAGCUUAUGAGAGGAGAAUAAGACGUCUAGAACAGGAAAAGCUUGAGCUUAGUAGAAAACUGCAAGAGUCCACCCAGACAGUGCAGGCUCUGCAGUAUUCAACAGUGGAUGGCCCAAUAACAGCAAGCAAAGAUUUAGAAAUUAAAAGUUUGAAAGAAGAAAUUGAAAAGUUGAAGAAACAGGUAACAGAAUCUGGUCAGCUAGAACAGCAACUCGAGGAGGCCAGCACUGCAAGGCGGGAAUUGGAUGAUGCUUCCAGACAAAUAAAGGCUUUUGAGAAGCAAGUCAAAACACUGAAGCAAGAGAGAGAAGAUCUUAAUAAGGAACUGGCAGAGUCUAGUGACAGAUUAAAAUCCCAAGCCAAAGAGCUGAAAGAUGCACACAGCCAGCGGAAAUUGGCAAUGCAGGAGUUCUCAGAGAUGAACGAGCGGCUGACAGACUUGCACUCUCAAAAACAAAAGCUUGCCCGCCAGCUCCGAGAUAAGGAGGAAGAAAUGGAAGUGGUGAUGCAAAAAGUAGAAAGUUUAAGGCAAGAGUUACGCAGAACAGAGAGACUUAAAAAAGAACUGGAAGUCCAAGCUGAAGCUGCAGCUGCUGAGGCAUCCAAAGACAGGAAAUUGCGAGAGAGGAGUGAACAGUACUCUAAACAGUUGGAAAGCGAAGUAGAAGGGCUAAAGCAAAAACAGGUUGGCCGCUCACCUGGCGUAAGCAGUAUAGAACACCAGCAAGAGAUAACUAAAUUAAAGGCAGACUUCGAAAAGAAGAGUGUUUUCUAUGAAGAAGAACUAUCUAAACGUGAAAUGAUGCAUGCUAACGAAAUAAAAAGUUUGAAGAAAGAACUGUGGGAUGCAGAGAGGCAGCAGCUUGCCCUCAAGAAGGAGAUCAUGGUUUUGAAAGACAAGUUAGAGAAAACCAGAAGAGAAAACCAAAGUGAAAGAGAGGAAUUUGAAACAGAGUUCAAACAAAAGUAUGAACGAGAAAAGAUUCUGCUGACAGAGGAAAACAAAAAACUUACAAAUGAACUUGAUAAGCUCACCACCAUGUUUGAGAGACUGAGUAUGAAUAAUCGGCAGCUGGAGGAAGAGAUGAGAGACCUGGCUGAUAAGAAGGAGUCUGUGGCCCACUGGGAGGCCCAAAUCACUGAGAUCAUCCAGUGGGUAAGCGAUGAAAAAGAUGCUCGAGGUUAUCUUCAAGCCUUGGCCUCUAAAAUGACAGAAGAGCUGGAAGCCCUGAGGAACUCCAGUUUGGGUGCUAGAGCUACAGACAUGCCCUGGAAGAUGCGACGCUUUGCAAAGCUGGAUAUGUCUGCAAGGCUGGAGCUCCAGUCUGCUCUUGAUGCUGAAAUCCGAGCCAAACAGGCUAUUCAGGAUGAGCUGAACAAAGUCAAAGCCUCCUGUAUCUCUACAGAGUGUAAAUUGCAAGAAUCUGAGAAGAAGAACAUGGAGCUUUUGGCAGACAUCGAAAGGCUGAAAAAGGAGACAGAAGAGCUUAGAUCAGAAAAGGGUGUAAAGCACCAAGACUCACAGAAUUCUUUCUUGGCAUUUUUGAAUGCGCCUACCUCUGCUCUGGAUCAAUUUGAAGAUUCCUUUUCCUCCUCUUCAUCCUCAUUGAUUGAUUUUAUGGAUGACCUCUCUCCUUCCUGUAUUCCAGCUAACAAAGGCAGACGUAUUGAUUCAGUUGAGAAUUUGACAUUGUCUAAUACUCCAUCACGGGAUGAAGAUAGCAAGUCUCACCUCCAUUCAAGAUCCAGGUCUCCUUCUACAGCCAGUGAGAUUGAGCCAAUUGAGGUUGCAGAUCAUCCUCCCCGUUCAGUUCACACACCGACCAUGAGGACAGCUUACACUGGCUCGGGACUCUCGGCACCAAAGCCUAAAGCCCACCAGUUUGUAGUGAAAUCGUUUAACACACCAACGAAAUGCAAUCAGUGUACAUCCCUGAUGGUUGGUCUGAUACGACAGGGCUGUACUUGUGAAGUGUGUGGAUUCUCUUGCCACGUGACCUGUGCAGACAAGGCUCCUGCAGUGUGUCCAAUCCCUCCUGAACAGACUAAGGGACCUUUGGGAAUAGAUCCACAGAAAGGCAUAGGAACAGCUUAUGAAGGGCAUGUCCGAGUCCCAAAGCCAGCUGGAGUAAAGAAAGGUUGGCAGAGAGCACUGGCAGUGAUCUGUGAUUUUAAACUCUUCCUGUAUGAUGUAGCAGAAGGAAAAGCAUCUCAGCCCAGUGUGGUAGUGAGUCAGGUCAUAGACAUGAGGGAUGAAGAAUUCUCAGUGAGUUCUGUCUUGGCCUCAGAUGUCAUCCAUGCAAAUCGAAAAGAUAUCCCCUGUAUCUUUAGGGUUACAGCCUCCCAGCUCUCUGCAUCCAGUAACAAGUGUUCAAUCCUGAUUCUAGCAGACGGUGAGAAUGAGAAAAGCAAGUGGGUGGGCGUGCUGAAUGAGUUGCAUAGGAUCUUGAAGAAGAACAAACUCAAAGACCGCUCAGUCUAUGUUCCCAAAGAAGCUUAUGACAGCACCUUGCCCCUCAUCAAAACAACACAGUCAGCAGCAAUCAUAGACCAUGAAAGAAUAGCUCUGGGGAAUGAAGAAGGGCUGUUUGUUGUGCAUGUCACCAAAGACGAGAUUAUCCGUGUUGGUGACAACAAGAAGGUUCAUCAGAUUGAGCUGAUCCCGAGCGAGCAGCUCAUCGCAGUAAUCUCAGGACGGAACCGUCACGUGCGGCUCUUCCCCGUGGCUGCCCUGGAUGGGAGGGAGACUGAGUUCUAUAAGCUGGCAGAGACCAAAGGCUGCCAGUCAAUAGUUUCUGGACACGUGCGCCACGGAGCUCUCACCUGCCUGUGUGUAGCCAUGAAAAGGCAGGUCCUCUGUUACGAACUAAAUCAGAGUAAGACACGCCACAAAAAGAUCAAGGAGAUCCAGGUGCAGGGCAACGUCCAGUGGAUGUCAAUCUUCAGUGACCGUCUCUGUGUGGGCUACCAGUCAGGUUUCUUAAAAUACGCCCUCCAUGGAGAGGGCAGCCCCUACAGCCUGCUCCAUCCGGACGACCACACGCUCUCGUUUAUCUCACAGCAGCCAACCGAUGCCAUCUGUGCAGUCGAGAUCUCAAAUAAAGAAUACCUGCUGUGUUUUAGCAGCGUCGGGGUUUACGUCGACUGCCAGGGCCGAAGAUCCAGACAACAAGAGUUGAUGUGGCCCGCAACUCCAUCUUCUUGCUGUUACAAUGCACCAUACCUCUCCGUGUACAGUGAAAAUGCAAUUGAUAUCUUCGAUGUGAACUCCAUGGAGUGGAUUCAAACUAUUCCUCUCAAAAAGGUACGACCCUUGAAUACAGAAGGAUCACUAAACCUUUUAGGCCUGGAGACAGUCAGAUUAAUAUAUUUCAAAAACAAAAUGGCAGAGGGAGAUGAGCUGGUGGUGCCUGAGACGUCGGACAACAGCCGGAAGCAGAUGGUUCGGAACAUCAACAACAAGCGGCGCUAUUCCUUCCGCGUGCCCGAGGAGGAGAGGAUGCAGCAGAGGAGGGAGAUGCUACGCGAUCCCGAAAUGAGAAAUAAGUUAAUUUCUAACCCAACUAAUUUUAACCACAUAGCACAUAUGGGUCCAGGAGAUGGCAUACAGAUUCUCAAAGACCUCCCAAUGCAGCGUUCCCCUUAUCAAUUCCCUCAUCAUCACUCCCGUCUGAUCUCCUCUCCGAGCAACUUUGAGCACAUCUACCACAUGACUGUUAAUUCAGCUGAAAAAUUCCUCUCUCACGAUUCCAUAAACCCUGCAUUUUCCCCGCCUCCACGCUCUGUCCUCGGUACUCCAGACUUUAUCACUCUGAGGAACCUUCGGCCCCAGGAGAGCCGGACGGUGUUCAGCGGCUCCGUCAGCAUCCCGUCGAUCACAAAGUCCCGCACGGAGCCAGGACGAUCCAUGAGCGCGAGCAGCGGGUUAGCAGCACGAUCAUCUGCACAGAACGGCAGCGCUUUGCGAAGGGAAUUCUCGGGAGGGAGCUACGGAGCAAAGCGCCAGCCCAUGGCAUCGCCCUCCGACGGGUCCCUGUCCUCGGGGGGCCUGGACCAGGGCAGCGAUGCACCCACAAGGGACUACGAGCGAGAGGACUCUGACUCUCCAAGACACUCGACGGCAUCAAACAGCUCCAACCUCAGCAGCCCUCCUAGCCCGGUUUCUCCUCACAAGACCAAGAGCCUCUCCCUGGAGAGCUCUGACCACGUGAGUUGGGACUCAUGAACUGCUUCAGCAUUCAGAUUUGGCAUCACAUCAGCUUGCUGUCCCCAUGGCUGUCCCCUUCACUUGCUCCAGUUCUCACCUUCAUCCUCCUAACCCUCCCCAUUCCCUGUCUGAAAACGAUCUGGGAGGGGGGUACAGAGGAAGGUAAAAGCUGGUUGUCUUCAGCACCGUUCGGCACUGCCUCACCUCCCCAGAUCUGACAGCAGCAAAUGAGCAAAGCUAGGGUGUUGGUAAAUAUCAGAUGCUGUAGAUUUGUAUUAGUAUUGGUUUCACUUUUGUGGUUACAGCUGCUUCAUUUUUAAAGACAUAUUUAUCCCACUCCCACUUCCCAAAAGGUAGCAUAAGUAGACCAGACCAGUAUCAACAAGAGAAAAUUCAGAGGGAUUUUGUUUUCAUACAAUAGCUCAUUGUACUGUACAAAAGUAGCACAGAGACCCCCUUCCCCUCCUUGGGGAAUGAUCAGUAUGUCAGAGGCACAUAAAAGCUUUCAGCCACCACGUUUGAAUGUCAAUCUGAUUGUCGCCAGCAAAUCCUUAUUGAUUAAAAUGAUGCAUAUUUUACUACAGUACAGAGUUUAAAUAAAUACGCAGAUGUUAGAGUAAAAUACGUAUGUAUAUAUUCAAAGAAAAAAAGCAUUGUGUAUGCAGCAGAAGAUGGAUGCUUAUUUAAGAGAGCCUUUAAUUUAAGAUUUGUGUUGUCCCUGUUUUCAUGCUCGGUGAUUUACAGACUCGGAGGCCUGGCUAAAACCUCCCGCAGGACAGAGAUUCCGUGUGCGCAGCGCUCGCUGCACUGCCGGCACAGCCCCUGCAGUGCUCUCACAACACUUCUCUCCUCCUGGCCGUAGCAGAACUGAAGCUGUAAUUCCUACUUUCCUCACAGUCCCCAUCCUUUUCAAAAAUGACAGCAGUUGGCAGCAAGGCCCUGUCCCAGCAGCCACGGGCACUGGUCAGCCCGGCGGCUGCCCUGGUUCCGUGUGUGCCACCUGUGAGCUGGAGCCUUGCAGCAGCUACAGGAGAGGUCCUUCAGGCAGCAAGGGAGUUCAAUGCAGCUGGAUUCAGCAGGAAAACUGUUUCCCUGGGUCAGCCUUUGAGCAGGUUUAACUCAGAAGGGAGCAGCCUUCCACAUCUCCUUGACCAUCCCUAAGCAGCAAACUCUUAGUGUCAUUACCAAAUACUGGUUGCUAAUACACAUCAGCCAAACGAGUGCCCUUAGCCCAAAGCUGGCCCUGGCUGGCUUUGCUCUCACUGUAGCAAUGAAGAACCUUGAAGACUGACCUCACACUGUUCACACUGUGGUAGUCAAAGAUGCCCAGUGACCCACAACUGCUGCACUGGCAAGGUUGGUUUUCCUCUGCCCCCUACCUGUGCUGUGGGUUUGUGCAAUUUGCAGUUGUUUCUAUGUGUUCACCUGCUGUUUGGUUCCAAAAGCAGGGCAGGUUGGAGGGCAGGAAGCAUUGCAGUGGAAAGCAGAACCCACUGAAGUUGGAAAAAUCAAUACAAAGCUGAGGUGGUCACCCAGUCGAGAGAGUAAAGUGAAAAACUGGUGCACCAAUGUAUGGUAAGAGGAAGAUGUCUCUUCUCUUUAGUUAGCAAGGCAGAUGUGCUUUUCAUUCGGGACGAGCCUCUCUUCCCAGUAGUAUUGUUGCUGACUUCAUACUAUGACCAUACUCAAACACACAAGGGCUUUUUGUAUUUAGAAUGUUGGGGUUUGUGGGUUUCAGAAACUUAUUACGGCUCUCAUAAAACCAUUCUGGUUCUUGCAGUCAGCAGUUGUAGAGUUUCACCCACGCAGAGGUGUUUGGGGUUUUGCAGUUUCUGUCUUCCCUAAUAGAAGUUAUAGGUAAGUUCAAAGCAUGUACAGUAAUUUCCAGGUAUGAUCUAAAUGUGACAUAGGGAACAAGGCAGAGAUCAUCUAAUCCAUUUAAUCAUGCUGGGUCUCCUAGGUAAGAUUUCUCUUUCACUCUGAAUCAAGAGGCUUAUCCAAGUUUAAGCUCAUUCAAUGUUACUUUGGGACAGGAAUUCAAGAAAUUAUUGUAGAAACCAUCAUAUCGAAUGCCUGUCUCUCUCCUUUUUGGGUAUUUCAGAGUAGCAAGCUGGUUGUGUUGUUUGUUUUCACCUCAAACCUACUACUUUGCAAGCCUGGCAUUUGAAAUUAAAAGCUUUAGCAAACAGCAAAGCAUCUGAAAGUAAUUCCUCCCAGAAGAGUUUAUGUAUUUCUGAAGGACAGAUAGGCAGGGUGUUACUGGCAUUACUGAAAUUCCACAUCAGCUUCUUUUUAAAGGCUGCAUAUCGCUUCAAGUAUAGCCACUGCUUUUUCGCCACAAUUCCCUUGUUUUGGUGAAGCAUGUCCACACACUUUUCAAAGCCUUUGCAGACUAGUUUUGUAUUUACUGUAUGUUGUAUUUAAACAAUAAUCUUAUUUUGAUGUUGAGAGAAGGCAUGUAAAGAGCAGUCAUUGAAGACAGAGCAGCCUGCAUGGCAGUCCCCUGAGAGAGGGUCACAGGAUCUUUUCCCAUGGACUUUUUUUUUCCACAGUUGUGCUAAAGCUCUAUCUGAAAAUGGAACCCAAAGAGCCACAACACAGCAAACAAUUAAAUUGAGUAAACCCCUGUGUUUACUCGGUUCCAGUGCCUGCAAUCUCUUGAUACCAACCCCUGGCAUUUUCAGGCAGAGCUGUGUUACAACACUAAGCUCAGAGGAUGAGAGCUCCACAGGCCUACGCUGUUUGUACACUACAAUGUCUGAGCCUCAGCAGUCUCUGCUAGGAUUUAUUUAAGCAUUAGUUUGGUCCUGUGCAUUUUUAUACAUGUCUGUUCAAAAGAGAAACAGCAACUGUUCUCUCAGUUGAAAAGCAAAUGGCCACAUCACUUGUUUGAAAAGAGAAAAAUUCUCCUAGGACUUCAAUAGUUUUAUAUAUUUGGGGACCAUUUGGUUACAGACUCAAUUUGAAACCACACUCAUCUCUCUUUGUUGGUAUGCAUACUGCAGCUGAGCUUUCUAAAGGCUCAUUGGGCUAGGAAAAGUAACUUGGUCAUUUGAACUGUAAGACUCUUGACUGGUAUCUCCAAGGCAAUUGUCUCCUGAGGUUGGAUGUUUGCUCCUUUGCACUGUAGCACUGCUUCAACUUCACAGGUCGAGGGCUGUGUUUUGUUCUGGGAGCUUAAAAUCUCCCACUGAAUUCCUGACUGUGGCACAUGUUCUCUGUACACAGGAUGUGUAUCUAGCUGAUUUUUUUUCCUUUUGGCUGAGACUGAAGGUGUUUGCAUUUUUGACAGUGCUUAAACAGAUGGGUUGUUGAGGUUUUGCCUUUUUUUUUUUUUCCUCUUCUAAUGGCAACAAGGAUCUGAACAGAUUCAGGCAGCUACUAAGGAUUCCAGGUUAUAGGAUGGAAUAGGUUUGGUAAAUAGUUUUCCCCUGCACAUGUGCACACACAAGUAUGUGGCUUCCUCCCACAUUUCAUAAACCCAAAAGCAGCGUUACAGUACUCUCUUCUCUCUUGCCUUUGGCCUGUAGAAGACAGCUGGUGGUUUCAAAAAAACAUUCCUGAGGCUGUGGUGAAGUAGUUGCUUCUUUUCCCCUCCCUUAGUUGCUGUGGCUUGUUAAGAAUGUGCAUUUUGCCCAUUUAAGUGAGUUUCAAAACUGAGUCAGGAAUGUUCUCUCUUUGAUUUGAUUCUGAUGAGUUACAACCCAGGUGUGUUAUUCUCAGGUAUAUGGCAGAGGGAAGUUAAGGGUCUUGCCAUACCAAAAAAGUCCAAAAAGCAUUGUUUAUUUAUAGGAAUGUAGUUCAACUGCACCUAACUGGUUCAUAGUGUGUGUCAGCCUUUCCAAACAGAACAGUUGGAUUAUUAAUGCAGAAGCAGAUUCUGGCCCCGUGUUGUAUUGCAUGGCCAGACCCUGAAUGAUAGGACAGACAUGCUCUUGGGUGGAAAAAGGGUUUCUUUUCCAUUUUGUGAAUGCUGUUUAAUUUUACAUGAAUGCAUUAAGGGUAAAACUUACUGCAGUGCAAGUACCCACAGCUCCUGAGCCUUAGUCUGAGAAUCGAAGUGGCACGUAGCAAUUCCUGCUGUGGGUUCUUUUGUUAAUAUGAGCCCGUUCCAUGGAGGAAGUGGGACAACUUUUCUGCACUAACACAAAAUGCACCCUUCUGUGCACUUUGUGCUCACACUUUAUACAGAUAAACACCCCCAGAAGCCGCUCUGCUGCAGGCUUUCCAGUCUGAAUUCCAACUCCUCUCAUUCCAGCCACAGCUCAGUACAACCUAGUUUCAUUCUCCAUUUAAGAAAGUCACAUCUACAGGGAAGAAAUCCACAAACAAACCAGUGUUGCUAUACCUGCCUUUUUAUGUAUGACGGUUUCAUAUCAUUUAUUUUUAAAAUAUGUUUUUUAGGUUUUUCAUUGUAAUAUUAUUGUACAGUUUUGCAUGGCAUAGAUGUAAUCACUUUUUUGUUUUAGAGUAUAAAAGCUGACAAGUGUGCGUGUGGGGGAAAGAUUCUGCUUUUUGCCUCUUCUCACUCUUUUGUUUAAUGCCCUCAAUGUUGUAGGGGACAUUGUAAGAGAUUCUCUGCUACAGAACAAUGAUGUAGAUUCUUUUGCACAGAAAUAUUUAAGGUGGAACAGUCAACAAUGUAAAAAUGACUUACCACCAAUAUUUUAUGUUGGUAACACACUUAAUAUUAACCUCCUUUGAUGUACUGCAAUAAAACAGGGAACUGUUAGAAA